GUUUUGCAAGUCUUAAUUACCGUAUCAAAUAUCAAAUUAUACAUAAUAUAAACUACUAAACAUUAAUAUAUAAAUUUAAGUCAAUAAAACAAAAAAAAAAAUUAAAUCUAAAUCUAACCCUAAGAAAUCUACCACUAGAAUACAUAACAUGUUAUAAUUUUUUGUUUGUAAACCAUAUUGUCUAACACAUAGUUACCAAAUUCGAGUAUAUUCUUUAAAAUUAUUCAAUUAUAUAAAAUUUUAAUUUGUUUAUUUCAUAUUAAUCAUAAUAUUGAUGAUUAAUUAACAAUAUCACAAUAAUUAUUUUUAUAUAUCUCUAAAAUUAAAUUUUUAGAUCAAAUUACGAUGUAGACUACAGAAUACGUCUACACAGUAGACUUCUUAGGAGGUCUACAUAUAGACUUCUUUCUAUUAUGUGUAGACUUACUAAGGACAUAAUUGUAAAAUAUAUUUCUGUUUUUUUUGUUUGGUCAUAAGGGUUAUAUAAUAUUUUUACUUCUCCUUUAGAUUGAUUUUGCAUUUGACUGAAACUGGAGUAUACUUUUAAGUUUGACAUGCAUAUUUGGGUUGGUUUUAGUAAUUCUCUCAAAAACGAGAGAGAGAAGGAAGAGAGUUUCUUGUUUGAAAAAUCCAAAAAUCUUCCUAUACUAAAAGGCAGAUAUAGAGUGAUUCUAGCAUGUCCACGUUGGCAAAUAUAUUUGGCCAAUCAAAAUAUUUUAUUAAAACACGUUGGAUCUCCUACAUUAAACUAUUGAUUUUGUAUGGGCUUCGAUCUGAUUCCGCUGGGCUACAAUCUAUCGCUACAAUUAACAAAAAAAAAACAACCCUAAACAGAAGGGACUUUACUCUGGAUUGCCCCAGUAACUCAUGUGUUCAUUCUAUUUUAUCCCACCAAUUAAAAACAAUAUAAUUUUUAAUAUAUUUUAAUCAGAAACGUGGUGAAAAUCGAAAUUGCCCUUAAUGAAACCAAAUAUUUACAGGAUCCAACCUAAACUAUUUGACUCGACCCACUAUUAGCCGGAUCCUUAACCAGAUCCGCGCGUUCCUUUCCCUUUUCUCUUCCUUUGUCGUCUCUCACUCUCUUCUAAACCUUCUAAACCUGAAAAUUGAAAAAAAAAAUCCUAGAACCGACGAAAACGAUGAAGCUCACCGCAUUGACUGCUUCCUUCACUGCUUCUUCUCUGAUCUUCCCUUAGUCCCUCGUGCCUUUCCUUGUUACUCUGAUUUCAUCAUUUCCCCAAAUCAGUCUGUAACCCUAGAUUUGACGAAAUCAAUUGAAAAAAUUGAUCGAAUCAACUGCUCCUGCGGCGUAUUCUAUUCUCCCGCUCCUUCUGUCGGCGACGCAAUCGACGGAACCCUAGACUUCAUCUCCCAUCUCCUAUUUUCGUUCUCGUCUCUUCCGUGUAAAAGGUAUGUUCUCUCUCCAAUUUUUGAUUGAUUUUGUUGUUGGUUUGAAAGUCCGUUUGAAAGUAUUGUGGUUGAAAAUCGGUUAGGUUCAGAUUUUUUUCAGAAUGAGGAUUACAGAGACUGAAACUUUGACACGUUUGGUUUUGAGGUUAUAGAGAUUGAAAGUUUGGUUUCAGACUUGAGAUAAGUCUAGUGAUUAUUGAAGACUAACUGUUUUGGUGAUAGAAUGUCCUAGACUGUUUGAUAUGUGAAACCGAGUUGAGUGAUUGAUUAAUUGUGAUGUAGUGAUCGAAUUGAUUGGUUGGAUUUUUAUUAUUGAAUGAAUGAUUUAGGGUUUUGAGAUGAGACAGCUAUAAGAAUCAAUUAUUUAUUUUGUAGAUAUUUCAUUGAAUGGGUUUGUUAGCGUUGGUGGUUAUUGAACGUUUAUUGUGUAUGUAUAUAUUCAGGGGAUCAAGAUAUUGAGAGGCUAUAGAUAAUGGCAGGCCAAGGUCGAGGGAGAAAAAAAUCUCAGCAGAAAAAGUCCACAAAAAGAAACAGUGCUCCUGUAGAAGAGCAGCAUGUAGAAGAACUUUCAACAGAGAAUGAUAGUGAUGAUCUGUCAACACACGGAAUUGAGUCUGAUAAUCAGGGAACCGAUAAUCAGUCUGCAUCAUCUCAGGAGUGCCAACCACUGCCACCUGAUGAGCUAUGUUUCAAGAACACCGAGUUCACCCAGACGUGUAAGAUACAGAGCAAGUGUUAUGUGACCGAGACGGUGAAGUUUCUGAAGAAGGCUAGGUUUAAGCCUGAGCUCGAGUGGUUUGAAAACCACCCUCAGUUUUGCCAUUUUUUCCACAUGCCCGAUGAACCAAACUUGAAGCUGCAGGGUAUGUGGAUGCUUCUACUGCGCACUGUUCCUUUACAUGAGUCAGAGGACACAUCUUGGUUUGCUGUUAAUGGAGUGCCCAUUCGGUAUUCAAUGAGAGAGCAUGCUCUCAUCUCGGGAUUGGACUGCCAUGACUACCCGGCUAAGUAUAAGAAGAUUGGAAGCUUUGCGUUUGUAGACAUGCAUUUCAAAUCACAUAAGGAGAUCACUAUGCUAUCUGUGAGAGAGAAGUUGUUGAGUAUGAGUGCGUGUGGGGAUCGACUCAAAAUGGCAGUGCUUUACUUCUUAGGCACGAUUAUCAGAGCGAGGGGAAGGUAUAAUGCCCCGUUCGACCCUUUCGUAUUAAGAAUCGUCAACGAUGUGGAGGUUUGUAAAACCUUUCCUUGGGGUCGGUUGACGUUUGAAGAUGCUCUCCGGUCCAUCACUCACGUGAUGAAGCAUCUGAAAGGGAAACCUAAGAAUAAUGUCAACUUUCCCGGGUUCAUAAUUCCUUUGGAGAUCCUGGCAUUUGAGUGUAUGCCAGCUCUGAAAGCACGAUUUAGAGAAGGUGUAGAAGGCUGUAUGAGUAAGUGUCUGAGGAUGUGUAAAAAGCGGUUCCAAAGUAACAGCAUGAAGGGUUAUCCUCUUGAGGAUUUGUACGACACACUAGGAGAAAUUAAGGUUAUUGAAAGUGUUCUUGUUCCUACUGUUGAUGAGGAACCUCUCAUGGCACGCUUAAUGGAUGGGGAGCCAGACUAUGAAAAUGAAGAAGGCGUGAGUAAUUUGUGGAGCACGUGGUUGACUGUUAAGGAGAAGCCUAUCUUUUGGCAAGAACUCUAUGAGUUAGAUGUGGCUGCAAGGGAGUUUCCUCAGAAGAAAGACAAAAGGAAAGUGCAUGAAGAAGCAUCCUCCUCUAAUACAAGUUUGGAGGACGUUUUGAAAGGGUUUGAAGAGAGGUUGAUGACAAGUUUGAGUGAAGUGAAUGGGAAGGUGGAAAAAAUGAACAAGAGACUUGGGAAGAUUGAACGUUGCCAAGUUGUUUUAAAAAAGAGGUGUAAAAGGAUGAAGGCAAUGGAGAAGAAGCUUGAGAAGAUUGAAGAUUGCCAAUAUUAUUUAAAAAAGAAGGCCAAGAAGGUGGAGAAAGAAAUGAAGAAAUGA